AUGCUGCCCGUAGAUGUGUUUGAUAAACCUGAACAUCACCUUCAUGGGAUCUGCAAGACGUCAUAUCCCGAUGGGAUGUUUAGCAAGCCACACAAGGGGCAUAAGAAGUUGCAGGUGAUUAUAUGUGCUUUCGUGGAGCUUUUCGAGAGGUUCACCUUCUUUGGGAUUGUAUGCAAUAUGAUCCUUUUCUGCACCAUCAAGCUGGGAUACAGCAGCUACCAAGCGGCCAUGGUAAACACGUGCUUUGUGGGAGCCUGCAUACUUGCGCCUGUUCUUGUGGGAUGGUUUGCUGAGACGUGUUUGGGAAGGACAACAGUUCUGUGUUUUUGUGCACUUCUUCAUUUCAUCGGAACUGCUUUGCUUCCUGUCGUCGCAUUCCCUUUUGAGGAUUUCUAUAUAAACACACACAAUAUAGUGCAUCAGCUUGAGCCUCAUGAGCAACUCAUACUAUUCUACUUGGCACUUGUUGCUGUGGCUCUUGGUAUCGGUGGAAUUCGUGCAAUCCUCUGCCCAAUGGCAGCCUAUCACCUUCAAAGUUGUGACCAGCACAAGCUUUUGUCCUUUUUUAACUGGUUUUACUGGAUGGUCAACCUGAACUCGACAGUAGUUUUUUUGGGAAUUGCCUACAUUCAGCAGUCAGUUGCCAAAAACCUGUGUUUUCUCAUCCCUUUCACGUCUGUUCUCCUCGCCCUCAUCGCUAUACACAUGGUGCGCAACAAACUAACCUUCCGUCCCAAAAAAGGCAGUUCCUUGCUAACUACACUGGGAGUGUUCCUGAAUUCUCUUAAAAUGUGCUGCCUCCAUUAUCGCCAUUUAAGUGGAGAUGUUGCCAACUGGCUAGAUCGUGCCAAGGAAAACAAUGGAGGUUGUUACAGUGAGACCAGUGUGGAAAAUGUCAAGAUUCUGGUCAAACUUUUCCCUCUUUUUGGACUUCAGCUUUUAUAUCGAGCUUGCAUUACCCAGAUUCCAUCAGGCUAUUAUCUGCAGACUAUGCAUUCCAACCUAAAACUCAACGGCUUUCUCUUGCCUGUAGCAGUGAUGAAGGUCAUCAGUAUAUUGCCGGUGUUGAUCUUAGCACCACUGCUGGAGCUUCUGAACACCUACUAUCAGUCUCCAAAGAAAAAGUUCCCUUCACCAGCAACAUUCAUAACUUUGGGUCAUGCUUGUGCAGCUCUCUCAGCACUACUGGCAGGAAUCUCUGAGAUCCACAGGAAGGAUUAUCCGGAGGUGGAGCAGACACUAUCAGGAAAGGUCCUGCAGGUGUCAUCAAUGACAUGUUUCCAGCUCACGCCCCAGUACAUUUUACUGGGAGUGGCAGAGGCCUUUGUGACACCAGCAUGCUCUCUCAUAGCCUUCUGUUUGACUCCCAGCAAUCUUAGAGGCGUCUCUUUGCAUUUCCUAACCCUCUCGUAUGGAGGUGGCUGCUUUCUGGGAGCUUUCCUCAUUCACUUGCUUUAUUUUGUGUCAGGAGGAAACUUCUACCCUGAUAACCUCAGCGGUGGCAACAUGGAGAGGUUUUUCUUUAUACUGGCCACAUUGAUGGCUAUCAACACACUCGCAUUUUGGAGAAUAUCACAAAGGUAUGCAGAUUUGAGCGUGGAGCUGAGUAGCGGUGUAAAAGACAGUCCUCUGUCGGAGAAACUCCUUCAGUACAAGACUUGUCUGCGCUUUUAUGACACAAUGGAGCGCUCCGACACCUUGACGUCUAUGGAAACUGUUUUGUGA